UCAUUUUUAUAACUACUAUAUAUAUCUCUUUGCAAUUUUGAGCUAGAUUAUAGCUCCAACAGAUCGCUGUUAUUGUAAUUAAGUUUCUAACUUUUCAUUUCAGCCUUGUCUAUAAUGACAUCUGUUCAACUCAGUUGAUUUUGGAUAAGUUUACAGAAAUUUCACCAGAGUUCACAGAAAAACUGCAGUCGAUAUGGAUCCAAAUGGGGAUCAGUGCGUCCGCACAACAAGACCGUGUUGAUGCCGUCAUUAACUACAUCAGUGAACUGUUGUCCGACAUGGUAAAUGACGAGGAAAAUUUAUUAAACGAAUUGGUGAAGAACACUGAAAGAUAUAGAGAAGAGUUAGCAGAACUUGGUGAAAUUCUUGGUUUUCCCCAGUAUAAGCUAAAAGACAAUCUGUCACUUAUUGAGAAAGAAAAAGAUCUCAGAACAAAACUGGAUGCUUGGAAUUUGGAAAAAGAAGAAAGAAGCAAAAAAUUCAAAGCUCUUCGCCAGAAGGAAGAUGUUCUCUGCAAGAGACUGGCCUUGCCUCCACACGAUACGUCUAUUGGAGAGAUACCUACAUCGAAAGAAGUGAAAGAGAUUGAAGCUAAUAUAAAAUACAUGGAAACCCAGCUGGCACAAGCUCGAAUUCAUUUUCAAGAUGCUCGUGAGAAAAUCCUAAGACUUUGGAAGGAACUAGAAAUUGAUGAAAUGACAACAAAAUUUGCAGAGAUUUCCACAGAAAAUUCACAAGAAACCUAUGUUUUAUCAAAAGAAAACUUGAUACAGUUGAAAGAACAUUUAGUCGAGCUCGAAAAACGUCAAGAGAGCAACCAUCAACACCGUAUGGAAUUGAUGAAAAAACUGAAGAGCCUGUGGAUGAAGUUGGAAAUUAACGAAAAGGAUCAGUGUGCAUUUGAACAAAACUGUGUUGGUUUCAGACCAUCAGCCAUUCAAAAAUUAAAAGAUGAAGUCGAUAAGUAUGAAUGUAUGAAAUUGAAGUACACAGAGAAAUUUAUUCUUGGCUUAAGAAAGGAAUUGAAACAGCUUUGGGAUAAGUGUUAUUUUGGUGAAGAUGAAAGGAGAGAAUUCAGCCCAGCGUUUGAUGAUAAUUACACGGAGGAAUCGUUGAACAUCCACGAACAUCAGAUUCGCGUGUUGCGUGGAUUUUACGAGGACAAUAAAGCGAUCUUCAAGUUGGUCGAAAAACGAGAGAUGAUGUGGAGAAAAUUGAUGGAAUUUGAGAAUAAAGAAAACGAUCCUGCGAGGUUGUUUACCAACCGUGGUGGCGCUUUACUUAAAGAACUCAAGAUGAAAAAUGCUGUUGAGAAAGGUUUACCAAAGGUGGAAGAAGAUUUAAAGAAAAUGAUUCAAGUUUGGCAGAAAGAAAACGAAGGUUUCUUCUUCGUGAACGGAGAGAAAUAUUUAGAGCUGAUCAAAACACAACAGGAGGAGAGAAAAAGAAAUAAAGAUUUGGUAAAAUUGGGAAAGCAAAAAGAGAAAAAAGCCGCAAUCAAAAAGGAAAUGGUUUACGGUAGCAAGCCUAUUAUGCCGACGAAAAGGGUCGGCAAAAAUAGCUUCAGACUUCCGAUGAAUUCCAAACGAAAACUCGAUGAAAAGAAUGGUUCCGCCUCUUCUUCUACGAUAUCCCUGACCAUGUCGUCUUCGUCAACGUCUUCCUUAAUGCCGUCCCAAAACAACACGCCAGCUUCGCUUCAAGCCAACGUAAAGACAAAAAAGAAAACUAAAAAUUCCAGACGUAUUUCGUCUAAAGUCAAGCGACAUGUUUUGUCGUCGUUGAAAAGAGGCAGUAAGGAAGACAUUGAUGUGGAUAGCAGCAAAGACGAUGAUAAUGAUGAAUCUAUUUCCAUAUGUACAUAUCCUGAUUUUACCAAUCACAUCAGACGCGGAAGACAAAAGGAGCUCAGCAGCACGGCUGCAACUGUCGAGUCGUUUGAAUCAGAACUCUCACCCACGGACCAAUCGUUAUAAAAAGACAUACGGCAAGUUUCCUUAUAUAUAUUUAUUAGAAAUUAAUUUAUUUUUUUAAAAUUAUUUAUGUAAUAAAUUCACUA